CCUCGCGCGGCGGCCCGGCGGAGGAAGAGGACGCCGGUGCGUUGGCAAAGGUUUACUGUCUGGGGAGAAAUUGGAUUGAACAAGAGCGGUUGGCACGAACAGGUGCAUUUUUCAUCUCUAUAAUGAAGAAAAGCAGAAGUGUCAUGACGGUUACAGCAGAUGACAUUGCUAAAGAUUACUUAGAAUGUGGCCUGAGCAAGUCUUAUAGUACAUCUAGUAAUAUGCUCGGCAUAGAUCUCUGGAGAGGAAGAAGGUGUUGCUCAUGUAAUUUGCAGUUACCACCAUUGUCCCACAGACAAAGUGAAAGAGCUAAGACACCUGACAGAGACAUCCUCGCUAGACCAACAACUUUGCCUUUGCUGACGCCACCGAGUAUUGCCAUCACCACUUACCAGGACAGCUUUGAUGUGGAAAAUGGCCCGUCACCAGGUCGCAGCCCAUUGGACCCCCAGGCCAGCUCUUCUUCAGGACUUGUAUUGCAUACCACUUUUCCAGGCCACAGCCAGCGCCGGGAGUCAUUUCUUUACAGAUCAGACAGUGACUAUGACUUAUCACCAAAGACUAUGUCCAGGAACUCCUCUCUUCCAAGUGAACAACAUGGAGAUGACUUGAUUGUUACACCUUUUGCACAGGUCUUGGCAAGUUUACGAAGUGUGAGAAAUAACUUUACUUUAUUGACAAAUUUGCAAGGAACAUCAAACAAGAGGUCUCCAGCAGCGAGUCAGCCACCAGUCUCCAGAGUUAGCCUGCAAGAAGAAUCUUAUCAAAAAUUAGCAAUGGAAACUCUGGAAGAAUUAGACUGGUGUUUAGAUCAACUUGAAACCAUUCAGACCUACCGAUCAGUCAGUGAGAUGGCAUCUAACAAGUUCAAGAGAAUGCUAAACCGGGAGCUGACACACCUCUCAGAGAUGAGCCGAUCCGGGAACCAAGUGUCUGAAUACAUUUCAAACACUUUCCUGGACAAACAAAAUGAUGUGGAGAUUCCCUCUCCCACACAGAAAGACAGAGAGAAGAAGAAAAAACAGCAGCUCAUGACACAGAUCAGUGGAGUGAAAAAAUUAAUGCAUAGUUCAAGCUUAAACAAUACCAGCAUUUCGCGGUUUGGUGUGAAAACAGAAAAGGAAGACCAUCUGGCCAAGGAGUUGGAGGAUCUAAAUAAAUGGGGUCUUAACAUAUUUAAUGUUGCAAGAUAUUCACACAGCAGACCCCUCACCUGUAUUAUGUAUGCCAUAUUUCAGGAGAGAGAUCUACUAAAAACAUUCAAAAUCUCAUCUGACACCUUUGUAACUUACAUGAUGACUUUGGAAGACCACUACCAUUCCGACGUAGCCUACCAUAACAGCCUACAUGCUGCUGAUGUGGCCCAGUCGACACACGUUCUUCUUUCUACGCCUGCAUUAGAUGCUGUCUUCACAGAUUUGGAAAUCCUUGCAGCUAUUUUUGCAGCUGCAAUUCAUGAUGUGGAUCACCCUGGUGUCUCCAACCAAUUUCUUAUUAAUACAAAUUCUGAACUAGCUCUGAUGUACAAUGAUGAAUCUGUCUUGGAAAACCACCAUCUUGCUGUGGGUUUCAAACUGCUGCAAGAAGAACACUGUGAUAUCUUCCAGAACCUUUCGAAGAAACAGCGUCAGACUCUCAGGAAAAUGGUGAUAGACAUGGUAUUGGCAACAGAUAUGUCCAAACAUAUGAGCCUUUUGGCAGAUCUAAAGACUAUGGUGGAAACUAAGAAAGUGACAAGUUCAGGAGUUCUCCUUUUGGAUAACUAUACAGAUCGUAUACAGGUUCUCCGAAAUAUGGUACAUUGUGCAGAUUUGAGUAAUCCCACAAAAUCCCUGGAAUUAUAUCGGCAGUGGACAGACAGAAUCAUGGAGGAAUUUUUCCAGCAGGGAGACAAAGAACGAGAGAGAGGAAUGGAAAUUAGUCCAAUGUGUGACAAACACACAGCCUCCGUGGAGAAAUCACAGGUUGGAUUCAUUGAUUACAUCGUCCAUCCACUUUGGGAGACCUGGGCGGACCUAGUGCAGCCUGACGCACAAGACAUCCUGGAUACUUUAGAAGACAAUAGGAACUGGUACCAGAGUAUGAUACCUCAAAGUCCCUCCCCUCCCCUUGAUGAACGGAAUAGAGACUGUCAGGGUCUAAUGGAGAAGUUCCAGUUUGAACUGACUCUUGAAGAGGAGGAUUCAGAUGGACCUGAAAAGGAGAGUGAGAGUAUCAGCUAUUUUAGCAAUACAAAGACACUCUGUGUGAUUGACCCUGGCAAAAGGGAAUCACAAGAAGAAGCUAAUAUAGAAAUUGUGACAGAAGAUAUGUCACCUGUUGAUACAUAAUGUACUGUAUGUAGGUGAACUUUAAACACUUAAUGAGCAUGCAAGCUGUCUUGUAGGACUAGCCUGCGAUCUAGGUCUUAGGCCUGUGUCUAACAUUGGCUAAAAGAUCUUCUCAGCUACUUGAGAUUGGAGUCAAGGUUAAAGAUCGUGUAUGGAAUGAUUGCUCAGGAAAUUAACAGAUGAUUUACAUUGUAGUUUAAACCUUGUCAUCUUAAAACAUUGUGUUGUUCCGGAGCCAGCUUGAAUUGUUACUGAACUGGUUGAAAGUGAACGACACAGAACUGAGAGAUUUUAUACUGUUAAGGUUUUGGGAUUUAUACCAGUUAGACUGAUAGAAACUACUGAAUAGUAACUCUACAUAUAAAACCUGUCCACCUAACCACCUGUCUGCGGACCUGUGUGCCUUUUUUGUAAACACUUUCACGUCUUUUCAAGAGCCUAUUAAAUACACAAAGUUUAGUAUAAAACUCUACACAAUGUGUUUCAAAAUUGGUGGAUACUUUUUUGAUUCUUCCUGUUAAAAGAAAUAGUCUUCCUUCUCUCAUGGGCAAUAUCUGUCACUUUAUUGCGGUUAAUCGUUUUUACAGGCUAAACAGAAGGGGUACCCACGAUUUUGCAUUGCUGCACAUUUAAUAGUCUCGUUAAAUCUCCAGAUGAUCUUUUAAAGUCAUUUCAUACCAUUGCACAUCUUUUCUGUUUGCUUGCUAUGUACAACAGUAUUUUUUCCUCAGUAGGGUUCACUUUUGUUGUGCACAGGAUAAAGGGUAGUUCUGUUUUUCUAGCACAAUGCAGUACAUAUACAACUAAGUGUAAUAAGGCAGUGUGUGAUGUGUGUU